AACCAUUGGUUCGCAUUUAAAAAAGAAAACCGUCGUUGUCAUGCUGUCAAAUUUCCAUGUCAAAAUUGUCAUGUCAUGAUUGUUAUGUCAGUGAACUGUUGGUAUUGUGCAGUUAUUUUAGUUUAGUUAAAAAAUGUCUGGUUCAAAGAAAAUGACGCUGCGGGUGCAGUCGGCGGAGGGCACGGCGCGCGUGGAGCUGGCGGAGGGCUCGCCCACGGCGGCGCUGUUCGAGCGCGUGCGGGACGCGCUGGCGCUGGGCUCGUGCGCCUUCGCGCUGCACCGCGACCGCGCGCGCCGCCAGGAGCUGCCCGCCAGCCGCGAGCGCACGCUGCGCGACGCCGGCCUGCAGCACGGCGACAUGCUGUACCUCAGCCCCGUCAACGGCUCCGUGCUCAAGGACCAGCCCUCCACCAGCACCGAGCAGGCUAACAACAAGUCCUUCGGUGAGCCGGUAGAAGCGGGCCCGUCGUCGGACGCCGCCGCGCGCCCUGCAGCGCCUGUAGAGGACGAUGUGGACAUUCUCCUGUACGCUCAGUCCGGAGCCAUCCAGAGGAAUAGAGAUGAAAAAUUAUGCAGACACAAUUCAAAAGGAUGCUGCGUGCACUGCUCUCCGUUGGAACCGUGGGACGAGGGCUACCUAAAGGAGCACAACAUCAAGCACAUGUCGUUUCACUCCUAUCUGCGUAAGAUGACCUCUGGGAAAUUCAUCUCAUUGGAAGAGAUGUCCUGCAAAAUUAAGCCAGGCUGCAAGGAGCACCCGCCGUGGCCGCGCGGCAUCUGCUCCAAGUGCCAGCCGGGCCCGGUGACGCUGCUGCGCCAGCCGUACCGGCACGUGGACAACGUGGUGGUGGAGCACCCGGCGCUGGUGGAGCGCUUCCUGGGCUACUGGCGCGCCACGGGCCACCAGCGCGUGGGCUACCUGUACGGCCGCUACGAGGCGCACCCCGACGUGCCGCUGGGCGUGCGCGCGCGCGUGGCCGCCGUGUACGAGCCGGCGCAGAGCUCGUCGCGCGACGCCGUCACGCUGCUGCCCGACCCCAAGCAGCCCGCGCUGGACGAGCUGGCGCGCCGCCUGGGGCUGCGCCGCGUGGGCUGGCUGUUCACCGACCUGCUGGCCGCCGCGCCCGGCGCCGUGCAGCACAUCCGCGGCGUGGACACGCACUUCCUGUCGGCGCAGGAGUGCAUCACGGCGGGCCACUUCCAGAACCUGCACCCGAGCGCCUGCCGCCACGCGGCCUCCGGCUACUUCGGCUCCAAGUUCGUCACCGUCUGCGUCACCGGCGACAGCAACGAGCAGGUGCACAUGGAGGGCUACCAGGUGUCGGCGCAGUGCCAGGCGCUGGUGCGCGACGGCGUGCUGCUGCCCACGCGCGACGCGCCCGAGCUGGGCUACAUCCGCGACUCCGGGCCCGCGCAGUACGUGCCCGACGUCUACUACAAGGAGAAGGACGUGUACGGCAACGAGGUGGGCGUGGCCGCCAAGCGCGUGCCCGUGGCGUACCUGCUGGUGGACGUGCCGUGCGGCGUGGCGGGCGCGGGCGCGGGCGAGCCGGCCUUCUGUCCCGCCGCGGCCUUCCCGCCGGCGCACCGCGCGCUGCAGGCGCAGCUGCAGACGCCGGCCGCGCUGCACGCGCAGCUGCGCGGCGCCGCCAGCUUCCUGGACGCCGUGCGCGACCUGCACGUGCUGCUGUACCUGGCCACCAACGACGCGCUGCCGCUGGACUGGCCCACGCUGCAGCCGCUGCUGGACGCCGUGCGCGCGCGCGACGCCGCCGCCGCCGACGCCUGGCGCCGCCGCCCCGAGCCCGCCACGCUGGAGCAGCUGGCGCGCGCCGACGCCGACCACGACGCCGAGCCCGUGCGCAGCGGGCCGUCGAGCGGCGCGGGGGGCGCGGGCGAGGCGGUGUGGACGUGCCCGCUGUGCACCUUCCACAACGCGGCGCGCCACGACCAGUGCGAGAUGUGCGCCAUGCCCAGAAAUAACGCUAUGUAAAUAAACGCAGGGGAGGAGAGAAUAGUUCACUUUUUAUACUGAGGAAAAUUCGCGCGAUCGACUUGUGAAUAGUGAAACUAGGUUUACUUUAUUUUUAUAUUCGCGGCGACGCCGAGCGGCGGCCCGGACCCGCGCCCGGCGGACUGCGGCCGACAGUCCGACACUGGGCUCGUGCCCGCGCGUCGCCAGUUGCGACGACGUCAGGCACGGCUCGAGCAGGAGUAUCACGCGUCACGCGUGCGUGCCACAUUUAGGCGAAAGAAAUUAUCAGAAAAGACAAUGAUUCAUUUAUGUUUGUCCGUCCCGUUGCAAAGGUUUAUGUAUAUUUUAUGCAUUUCAAGUGAUAUCAGUUUAUUCCCAUUGUAUAUUGUAUGGUUCGAUCAGUGUAUUUUGUGUUCAGUGAAGGUGUCAGUAGGCUCGCCCCGAGAGGCCGCGCGAGCGUCUCAUCUCGGGACGGCCGAGUGCCACUCACCCACUUUCGACUAGUUGUUUUAACCCACUUAUCAUGAUACACUGCAAUUGUGAUAUUCGCAGAGUAUGUAUACUAUUGUAAAUGUUAUGUUAUUUAUUACAAGCCGCCGGGCUCGGCGCGGGGAGCUGAUAAAUACAGUGUACCUACUUUGUACCCGCUGGAGUUUCAUUCGUAAAUUAAACACCCAAAUGCUUUUGUAAAAAUAUUUAUUCAUUAUUAUAUACAAUUUUGUAUCUAGCAGCACACACGCUCGCGACGCCGGCGCCCGGGCGCGAGCGUGCGCGUCGAGGAGCACCGCGGCCCCGCCUCGUGCGCUCUGUACUCUGUGGUGGAUAUUUUUGGUGCGCCUUUUCUUUAUUUAAAAAGUCAAAUAGACAUGGCACUCCCGACGAUCCGAGAUAUUAGUUACAUGAAUAUCAAUAACGCUAUACUAUAGUCUGAAUUCUACGAAAGGAAAUCUCUCAGCCGCAUCGUCAGUGCCGAUGAAAGUUAAGUUUCGCGCGAAGGACUAAGCGCGGCGCACGAGGCGGCGGGUGCGUGACGUCACGCAGCGCACGAGGCGGCGGGCGCGUGACGUCACGCGGCGCACGAGGCGUCGGGCGCGUGACGUCACGCGGCGCACGAGGCUGCGGGCGCGUGACGUCACGCGGCGCGGGCUCGGCCCCGCUGCGGCCCGGAGCUGCUUCAUUAUCACAUUACACACAUUCUACAUCUUUUAUAAAUUUAGACCUUGUAAACGAUCACAUAAUUUUUGUCAUGUUAAAAAAUAAUAUAGAACGUGCGUUCGGAUAGAUACAAUAGAAAAGGCAACGCCAGCGGGGACGUAGCUCUUUUAGCAAUACCACGUGUAAUGUAUCUAUGAAUACAUAUAAGAAACCAAUCUAUUAUGUACUUUAAAAAUAUCGUUUAUGGAUUCAUAAAAACAUGCUUUCUAAUGCUUAAUUAUUCAUAUUAUGUUUAACUAAAGAUAUAAUCCAAUGAUGCAUUACAAGCGAUACGCUCGGGAUGCUCCUCGACUGCGGCGCGUCCGCGAGCACCGACAGCUCGGCCCCGCGCGGGACAGCGAGCAGGCCGCUCGCCGCAGCGUCCGGGCGGGAGGCCCAAGCUAUACUCUAUAAUACAAGGCUCUAUAGUUACACAAUAUGUACAGGGGCGCUGAUGUCGCCGCCCACGGAUGUCUUUCAAAUCUGCACCGCGACAGCUGUGACUGAACUCGACUGAUGCUUUAUUACUUCGACGCAUCUUUGCGAUUGCCGUAUUUAAUUUAUUUCCAAAAAUUCUGCCAUGCCAAAAAUAAAUCGUUAUUCAGCCGGAGAAAAAUAUGUUUGCUUUGUUAUUUAUUUUAGUAACACAAAAAGGUUAUGUAGGUCGAGCGAGAGUAUCUCGUGGCUCCACUGGCUUGCCUAAUUUAUGCAAAUUAUAUAAAAAAAUACUUCUUGAUAUGUACCCUUGAAUCAUUUCCGAAAUAUACAAAAAUAGUUUCGAUAACUUGAAAGACAUCGUGGGAAUGUAAAUAAUUAAUCACUAAUUAUCUUUACAGUAUUUUUGUUACAUUCACAAAAAUCUGAU